AUGGUCCAGCAACAGCUGAGACAGCUCCUGCCAGAGAAGGAGGUGGAUCCUUCUGCUGCCCUCGCCCUGCUCUGUGGCUCGGCGGCAGCUGUGGUGGUCUGGAAAUGGCUGGGCAAAAGGCAGAUCCAGAAGAAAAUGGAAGAGGCUCGGAGCACCCGGGAUGAGGGUGUGAAGAAAAUGGCAAAGGCUGUCCAGCAGUUCAGGGAGCAGGUCUCCAGUGUCCAGAAGGACACCAUCCUGUCCCUGCCCCUGCUGGAACUCACUGGGAGACUGCAGGAAGGGUCUCUGUCCCCUAAGACUGUCCUCUACACCUACUUAGAGAAGGCCCUGGAAGUGACCCAGCAGACAAACUGCUUGCGACAUUUUAUCCCAGAGUGUGAGGAGCAGCUCCAGGAAAUACAACGGCAAAGGGAGAAAGGGCUGCUCUAUGGCAUCCCUGUCAGCAUCAAGGAUCACAUUGGCCACAAGGGGCAUCUGUCGACCUGUGGGCUUGUGCAACACCUGGGCACUCUGGUGCAGGAAGACAGUGUCCUAGUCAAGGUUUUGAAGAGACAGGGGGCCAUCCCAUUUGCAAUGACCAACGUGCCGCAAUCCCUCUUCAACUAUGACUGCAGCAAUCCCAUCUUCGGCCAGACCUUGAACCCCUUCAACCACCAGAAGAGCCCCGGGGGCUCCUCAGGAGGGGAGGGAGCUCUGAUCGCAGGGGGAGGCUCCAUCCUGGGCAUCGGCUCAGACAUCGGUGGCAGCAUCCGCCUGCCAUCUAGCUUCUGCGGGCUGUGCGGGCUCAAACCCACGGCCGAAAGGCUCAGCCUGUCUGGAGUGAGUAGCCCAGUCAGUGGGAUCCUGGCAGUUCCUUGCACGCUGGGGCCGAUGGCGAGGGACGUGGACAGCCUGGCCCUGUGCAUGAAGGCGCUGCUCUGCCAGGAUAUGUUCCAGCUGGACCCCACCGUGCCCCCCAUCCCCUUCGAUGAGGAGGUGUACUCCAGCUCUGCUCCCCUGCGGGUCGGGUACUACGACACAGACGGCUACUUCCCACUGCCCCCUUGCAUGCGGCGGGUGGUGUGGGAAACCAGGGGGGCUCUGCAGGCAGCCGGGCACCAGCUGGUGCCCUUUUCUCCACCUCGGAUCCACUAUGUCAUGACUGAACUGUUUUUGAAGACCUUUUUUGCUGAUGGAGGCCGUGCUUGGUUGGACGUGUUCACAGGAGAUAUUGUAGAUCCAAGCUUGAAAUCACAGGUGAAUUGCUGCAAGAUCCCGAGUCUGGGGAAGAAGCUGCUGGCUCUGAUUCUUAAACCUCUGUUUCCCCGCCUGGCUGACUAUCUGAGCGCCUUGGGUGGAAUGAGAUCAGUGAAGGAGAUGUGGAAUCAUCACCAUCAAAUAGAGGCAUACCGCACCGAGUUCAUUGCCCGGUGGAGGGAACUCCGGCUGGACGUUGUGCUGUGCCCUGUCCUGGGGCCUGCCUUCACCACGGGAUACCCUGGGAAACUCCUCACUGCCAUCUCCUCCACGAUGCUGUACAAUGUCUUGAACUUCCCCGCUGGGGUUGUACCUGUCAGCACGGUGACAGAAGCGGAUGAGGAAGACCUAAAGCUUUACCAAGGAUGGUGUGAUGACCCCUGGGACCGGACGCUGAAACAGGCUGUGGCAGGAGCCGUGGGGCUGCCCGUGGCUGUGCAGUGCGUAGCCUUGCCGUGGCGGGAGGAGCUGUGCCUCCGGUUGAUGAAGGAGGUGGAGACCCUCAGUCAUGAGAAGAGAGCGGCAUAG